AACGGAAAAGUUAAGUUUGUUUUUUCACUUCCGGUAUUUCCGGAAGUGUGCCCGUGACAGAGUCUGUCUAUCUGUCUGUUGAGACUGUCACUAUACGAUACGCAAACAUAGAAAGCGGAACUCUGUAAACAUGGGUUUUGGGACGAUCGCUGCUGUUGCAGGGGGAGCAGUCGGUGCAGUGGCCUUGGCUCCUGUUGCUCUGGGGGCCGUAGGUUUCACCUCAGCUGGAAUAGCUGCAGGCUCCUACGCUGCAAGCAUGAUGUCUGCUGCUGCGGUGGCUAAUGGAGGCGGAGUGCUAGCUGGAGGCAUGGUGGCUGUUUUACAGUCAGCAGGUGCAGCUGGGCUGUCGGGGGCUGCCACUGCAGCUGUGGGCGGUGUUGGAGCUGCUGCAGGAGCAGGACUGAAAUUGCUGGCAGGUGUCAUACGGAAAUAAAAAAUGUAAAUAAUCUCACAUGGCAAAUUCUAAUGAUAUUUUGUUGCCACUGCUCUUCCUACUAAUGAGCAUUGUUGUUGUGAUGUCAGAAAUAUGAGUGAUACAUUUUUUAACUGUUUCAGUGAAUGAGUGAAAGUGUUUCUGCAGUCAGUGUUUCUGUCACUGACCUCAUUUCAGUGCAUCAAAGAGUAAUUCCACAAAUUCAGUGUUGUAAAAAUUUCAGGAUUUAAUGAAAUUUUUUGGUCAUACCACGUUACUGAAGUGUUUAAACUAAAGAGUGUUCUAGUGUUUAUUCAUUCAAGGUUCAAAAUAAAGGAAGAUAUUAAACCAGA